AUGUCGUUGUCUUCAUCAAUGGAGGUGGAUCAAGAAAAGCAAAUGGAACUAAAUAAUGAUGGUUUGGCCGGACUAGUUUUAGAGGAGGAAGAGGAGGAUACUACGGGGCUAGACGAGGAUUUUCAAUGGUGCUUAGUUAGUCGUGUGUUGGCUGACAAAAUGAUCAACUUUCAAGCCAUGAGAAAUACUAUGGCGAUGUUAUGGCGGCCAUUACAAGGAGUGUGUAUCAAAGAACUCAGUGAUAAUGGUGAACGAAAGGAGCAGCGUUACCUUUUCCAAUUCUUUCAUGAGGUUGAUGUCAAAAGGGUAGAGAAUGGAGGUCCUUGGACUUUCAACAAUUAUCAUAUCCUUUUACAUAGAUUGAAGGAGAAGGAAAAUUCUCAUGAAGUGGAACUGAAAUGGACUGAUUUUUGGAUUCAAGUCUACCGUCUUCCGAUAGGUUUCCGGAGUGAAAAGGUGGUAAAAAAUAUUGGAAACUAUGUUGGCGAGUACUUAGAAUCCGACCUAAAUAAUUUUGAUGGCACAUGGAGGGAAUAUAUUCGUCUAAGGGUGAGAGUGGACUCUACCAAACCACUAUUGGCUAAUAUGAAGAUUAAAAAGGUUGGAGGUGAGUCGUCUGCAAUUGAUUUCAAGUAUGAAAGGCUUGGCAUAUUCUGUUUCAUAUGUGGUUACAGAGGCCAUUCGGACAAAUUUUGUAGAAAAAUUUUGGAAAAUCUGGAUAUUGAACGCUUUUAUCAAAAGACAUCCGAGCAGCUCCAAGAAGAACAAUAG